AUGCCGGCUGCCCAUCUCUUCCAGGGCACCCCGAGUAACACUCACUCGUCUCCUAAACCACCGGGUGCAACAUUUCCCUCCGUCGCUGGCACAUUUGCUGAGGCAGUUUCCUCUCCUCAGGUCGCAGCGUCGCGCCUCACUGUGUCCCCGUCCAUCGCGUGCCCACGGGUCUUCAGUUGUCGCGGCGCCACAGCUGACAGACGCCUAGGCACAGUCAACCUUCAGACGGUCAAGAGUCAACAUGAACACAAAGGUAAAGUUGUCAGUUGCCUCAACUCAGGCAAUGCAAAGUACCGACACGCCUCUCAGUCUGUGCCUCCAUCAGGAGAACACAAGGACAGACGCCAGGAGACCUGCUGCUCUGUACCGAGUGACUCCGGCUCCUUCGAGCAUUUCCGCCCCUCCUCCGACUCCUUCGAGCACUCUGCCUCCUUCGAACACUUCCGCCCCUCCUCCUCCUCACGCUCCUUCGAGUCCUACGAGUCCGACGAGUCCACCGAGGCCAAGUACGCCUUCCAGUGGUCCGUGGAGGACGAGUCCACCGGCAACGACUUCGACCACCAGGAGGCCCGUGACGGCGACGACACCCAUGGCGUGUACACCGUGAGGCUUCCCGACGGCCGCCUGCAGACCGUCACCUACAUCGUGGACGGUGACGACGGCUACGUGGCCGACGUCAAGUACGAGGGCGUGGCUCGCUACCCCGACUCCCACUCCCGCGAGUCCUUCGAGUCCGCCUCAGGCUCCUUCGAGAGCUACGCUCCCCGGAGGUCUUACUUCGCCCCUGGCUCCAACGAGUCCAAGUAAACACUGAAGGAACCUCAGCUCCCGCCAUGACUUCGCCUCAAGACCUUUCACACUUCGUCAAACACUUGUCUCUUCUCACUCAGUCUACUGUGACCGAGUGCCUCUUGUAAAUUAUUGCUUAUUUAUUUAAUUAAACGUUCUGGUUAUUA